GCUGCUGGGAAAUGUAGUCACUGGAGGGGCGCGGGCCACGGAGUCCCGCACACCCAGCGGUGACAGCUGAGGAGGGACCAGCAUGGACCAGUCUGUGGCCAUCCAGGAGACGCUGGCUGAAGGGGAAUAUUGCAUCAUCGCAGUGCAGGGUGUGCUGUGUGAGGGAGACAGCAGGCAGAGCCGCCUCCUGGGGCUCGUGCGCUACCGCCUGGAACAUGGAGGCCAAGAACACGCUCUCUUCCUGUAUACACACCGGAGGAUGGCCAUCACUGGGGAUGACGUCUGUUUGGACCAGAUAGUACCGGUCUCGCGGGAUUUUACACUGGAAGAAGUGUCCUCAGAUGGUGAACUCUACAUUCUUGGCUCAGAUGUGACCGUCCAGCUGGACACAGCGGAGCUCAGCCUCACAUUCCAGCUACCCUUUGGUUCACACACCAGGAUGUUCCUGCAGGAAGUUGCCAGGGCCUGUCCAGGCUUGGACCCUGCGACCCGGGAUCCUGAGUUCCAGUGGCUGUCUCGGUACAGGUGCACCGAGAUGGAACCCUUGCCGCGCGGUGGGAACUCGGCCCUCGGCACCUGGCCCGGGUGCGCCAGAAUUGGCGGAGGCAGGUAUCCAUCGGGGGAGGGGCGGUGGGGAUUGGAGGAGGCCCGGCUGCAGGGGUGGGCUCUGUUGUGUGUGGGAGGCGUGGUUAUGGAGCUUCCCGGCUUUCUAUUGGCGGAGGCGGCUGCGGGGGCGGACCCCUGGGGCAGCGCAGGCGGGGCGGUGCGGCGGCGAGAUGAAGAGCUUGAGGAAGCAGGGGAGAUGUCCGCCGCCGCGGGUUCUCGGGACCGCGACUCCUCAGGUGGUUCUCACUUGGACAAUUUGAGGCCAAAUGGGAAAGGCCUGUUUGUGGACCAGAGCUCCCGGGGUCAGGAUAAACCAGAAAACUUGCUCACAAGACAGACUAAAUCCAAGUUGGAAAUUACCGACAUGGUUCGCUCUUCCACUAUCACAGUCUCAGACAAGGCUCAUAUUUUGUCGAUGCAGAAGUUCGGACUGCGAGAAACACUGGUGAAAUCAUAUCUGAUGCAGAAAGAGGAGGAUUAUACCUAUAUCCAGAACUUCAGGUUUUUUGUGGGGACAUACAAUGUGAAUGGACAGUCCCCCAAAGAAUGCCUCCAGCCCUGGCUAAGUCACGGUAUCCAGGCCCCAGAUGUAUACUGUGUAGGGUUCCAGGAGCUUGAUCUGAGUAAGGAGGCCUUUUUCUUCCAUGACACCCCAAAGGAGGAAGAGUGGUUUAAAGCCGUGUCAGAGAGUCUUCAUCCAGAUGCCAAGUAUGCAAAGGUGAAGUUCAUCCGACUGGUUGGGAUUAUGCUGCUGUUAUAUGUCAAACAGGAACAUGCAGCACACAUCUCCGAAGUGGAAGCUGAGACCGUGGGGACAGGAAUCAUGGGGAGGAUGGGUAACAAAGGAGGAGUGGCGAUCAGGUUCAAGUUCCACAAUACCAGCAUCUGCGUCGUGAAUUCGCACUUGGCAGCCCACACAGAAGAGUACGAGAGGAGGAACCAGGACUAUAAAGACAUUUGCUCUCGAAUGCAGUUUUGUCAGGUUGACCCGAGCCUUCCCCCUCUCACCAUCAGCAAGCACGAUGUGAUCUUGUGGCUGGGGGACCUCAACUACCGGAUAGAAGAGUUGGAUGUGGAAAAAGUGAAAAAGCUCAUCGAAGAGAAGGACUUUCAAACCCUGUAUGCAUAUGACCAGCUGAAAACUCAGGUGGCUGCAAAGGCUGUCUUUGAAGGCUUCACAGAAGGCGAACUCACGUUCCAGCCGACCUAUAAAUAUGACACUGGCUCCGACGAGUGGGAUACCAGUGAGAAGUGUCGUGCUCCUGCCUGGUGUGACCGGAUCCUUUGGAAAGGGAAGAACAUUACUCAGCUGAGUUACCAGAGCCACAUGGCCCUGAAGACCAGUGACCACAAGCCUGUCAGCUCGGAGUUUGACAUUGGGGUGCGGGUUAAAAAUGAAGAGCUUUACCGGAAGACUCUGGAGGAGAUUGUUCGAUCCCUGGACAAGAUGGAAAAUGCCAACAUUCCUUCUGUGUCCCUCUCCAAGCUAGAGUUCUGUUUUCAGAAUGUGAAGUACAUGCAACUGCAAGUGGAAUCCUUUACAAUUCAUAACGGACAAGUACCCUGUCAGUUUGAAUUCAUCAACAAGCCUGGUGAAGAGUCUUACUGUAGGCAGUGGCUGAAUGCCAACCCCAGCAAAGGGUUCCUCCUGCCAGAUUCGGCCAUUGAGAUUGAAUUGGAGAUAUUUGUCACUAAGACCAUGGCUACAAAGCUCAACUCUGGCGAAGACAAAAUUGAGGACAUUCUUGUUUUGCACUUGGACAGGGGAAAGGAUUACUUUUUGUCUGUGUCUGGGAACUACGUGCCCAGCUGUUUCGGAUCUCCCAUCCAUACACUGUGCUACAUGAGGGAGCCGAUCUCUGACCUGCCGCUUGAAACUGUUAGAGAGCUGACUCUGAUGCCGCUCUGGACGGAAGAUGAUGGCAGCCAGUUGGAGAACCCCAUGGAAAUCCCCAAAGAGCUCUGGAUGAUGGUUGACUACCUGUACCGAAAUGCGGCCCAGGAGGAAGAUCUGUUUCAACAGCCGGGCCGAAGGUUGGAAUUUGAGCACAUCAGGGACUGUUUGGAUACUGGAAUGAUUGAGAACCUUGAUACCCUCUCCCUUAGCCAUCAUUCGGUAGCCGAAGCCUUGCUGCUUUUCCUGGAGAGCCUGCCAGAGCCCGUCAUCUGCUACAGCGCCUACCAUAACUGCUUGGAGUGUUCUGGCAACUACACAGCAAGUAAACAGGUCAUUUCUACUCUCCCCACAUUCCACAAAAAUGUCUUCAACUACUUGCUGGCGUUUUUGCGACAGUUGCUGGAAAAUUCAGAAAAAAAUCAUUUGGAUGAGAAUAUUCUAGCUAGCAUAUUUGGCAGCUUACUGCUUCGAAACCCAGCUGGUCAACAAAAGCUUGAAAUGGCAGAGAAGAAGGCUCAAGAAUUUAUUCACCAGUUCCUCUGCAACUCACCCUGAGCCUCUCUGUCUCUUCUAUUUUACCGGAAGCAUCCAAUUACCAGUCCCACCUGUUUCCGUUGGAGAGUGGCCUUCGGAGGACGUGAGGCCACUUGGAAGCUAGAGUGGCAACUGCCAGCUUCCUGAGCCCAGGCCAUUCCCCCCACCAUGGCUAUCACCCUUCGUGCUGCUGCGAGUUGUGAGGACAUGAGAGAAACCCACCACAAUAAAACUGACAUGCAAUGUUCAACUUUAGUUAAUUUAACACAGAUAGAUUAUUUUUUUUUAAAGAUUUUUAAAAAAUUGAUUUUUUUAGGGGGUAGGGGGUAACGUGGGAUAAGGACACAUAUGUAAUAUCUUAAUAAAAAAUAUAUUUAAAAAAAUUGAUUUUUUUAGA